ACAGUUUGCGAUCGUUGCUAAAGGACAAAAUGAGACGCACGAAAGAAAUUGCGAUGGAAGUUAAAAUCGUGGAAUUGCAGAAACAGAUGAAUAAUUGUCAAGAAGAGAAGAAAAUCCUGGCCACUUUGAUAGAAACGCAAAACAAUUUAGUUCGGCACGUCAACGAGACGUUGACUAACCAAACGAAAUUGUUGGAACAGGAAAAGAAUCAAACAGAACAACUCAUCCACAAUAUCAGCAGGGAGAAUAAUAACAGGAAAAACUUGACAUCUAACGUGACAGUAAUAGAACGGGAUUUCUUUAAUUAUAUGGCCGUUUCUUUGCAAAAAACGCCCUACCCUGGAGUGGACAACUACACCCGGUACGCGGUGGCCCGUCUUGGGCUGCUUUCUUUAACCGGAAUCGAGCCGCUCAAGCCGGAAUACGGUCCCGUGAUUAAUAACGUCACUUCACUCCGCUACCCUAUCGCCGUUCCCGCGUGUCAGCAGACUUCCGCCAACAGAACCAUCAAUCAAAAGCAGCAAAGUGUUUUCUUCGCCGUCAUUUCGGCCACCGGCAAUUUCGACAAGCGAAAUGGAAUCCGGCAGACGUGGCGAACUCAUCUCAGCAACGCGUCCUACCACAACAGUUCAAUGGUCGUGGCCGGUUUCGCCUUCAUUUUGGGGUUGACGGGCAGUAACGAGACCCAAAUCAAAAUCGAAGAGGAGAACAAAACCCACGGCGACCUGAUUCAGAUUGAAAUGGCCGAUUUCUACCGGAAUCUAUCCCUCAAAGUGGCCGGACUCUUCAACUGGUUGUACAGGCACUGCCACCAGCGAUUCGAUUUCCUUUUCAAAGUGGACGACGACGUCUAUGUCAACAUUCGCAAUUUGGCCCAGUUCGUCCGUUUCCACAAUCGGUCCAUUCAGAGCAUUUACGGCACUUCAGCUGGCAACUUGUUUCCUGCCCGAGAUGGCAAAUGGGAUAUGUCGGUGGAAGAGUGGCCAUGGAAUGAUUACCCUCGUUAUUUCUAUGGUAACGGUGUCUUAUUUCCCGGUGAGACCAUCCUCCCGUUUCUGGCCGCCUUCCAGACCACUCCAUUUCAUCCCAUCGACGAUUUGUACUUCAGCGGUAUCUGCACAGAAAAGGCCGGCGUCAAGAUCCGUUGGUCUACAUAUCGUACUAGUGUCUUCGCGUAUGGGCUGCAUGCCAUUCCCCAUCCAUGUGAUGUGCGCCUGACCAUUUCUUGGUUGACGGAGUCGGGCACUCAUAUGAACAACUCGCAUUUGGCCACCGAAGAUUUCUACCACAACAGGACCCAAUGUGUAGUCGCCGGAUCCAACGGAACCAACACGACAGUCGACCACAACGAGCCCGUCCACUUUUACUUUGAAUAAAAAAGUCCGUCAAUAAAGCUGAAAAAAAUAUGGUAGACACACAGCGGCGGUUUGACACUGAAAAACUAAGUAGUUCAGUGGCCCACGCCACUUAUUUGUGCAAAUCCACUU